ACCAGGCACAACGGAAGAACUCACAGCGUCUCUGACUGCCCAAUGUACAGAUUCACAGAAGUGAGAGUUUCAUCAUUAGUGAUGAUGAUGAAGAUGCUUCUCUUCUUCACGAUCUGCCUGAUUAAAGGUCACAUGGGUGAUGCUGCUGACCCUGUGCCUGCCAUCACAGGAGGAAGUGUCAUCAUCAACUGUAUGUAUAAUCGGGAAAAUGCGAAAACCAGUGCAAAAAGCUUUUGCAAAAUGUUGGGCAGUGAAUGUACAACCAUGACAGAAGAAAAGAACGAUGUAUGGAUCCCAGAAGAGAGAUUCUCUAUGACCGAUAAUAAAACUCUGGGUCUGAUUAGUGUGCUCAUUAGAAACCUGACUGUAAAUGACAGCGGGACGUACAGAUGUAAAGAUGGCAGCGAAUGGUUUCAGGAGGUGAAAUUCAACGUGGAACCAGAGUCGUGUUGUGGGACAUCAGAGGAACAGACUGCGUAUAUUUUAGGAACGGCUGUCAUCCACUGCAAAUAUCCCGAGAAAUAUAAAGACCAUCUCAAGCAAUUAUAUAAAGUGCAGAAUGGAUCGUUAGUGUCUAUUCAUAUAGUUGGAAGUUCGACCACCAAUGAGAGAUUUUCUCUGAAUGUAAAUGAACAGGAGCAUGUCCUCACUGUGACUAUUGCUUAUGUGAGCAGACAUGAUGAUGGGGUGUAUUUCUGUGGAAUAUACAACAACCUUAUCUACACUCCCCUUUUCUCAGAGAUUCAACUUCAUGUUUCAGAUGCUUCAGUCCAGUCUGAGCUCUACAUCGUCAUUAUGGUGAUUAUGUGUUUGAUUCUGUUGUUAGUCGGAGGACUGAGUUUGUUGUUGCUCAAGCGGAGAUGUCAAAAGACACAAGCAGGUUCAGUCUCAUCCGAUCAGAGGAACACAGGAGAUGGCGAUGAGGUGUCCUCGUCUGCUUAUUAUUCAGUGAUCCCAGACUCUGGAAACACAACCAUCAGUUUAAACACGGUUUAUGAGACGGCACAUUUACCCACAAACCCCUCUGGCAGUGAUUUCUACACACUGGCUGAAUAGCCACAAAACAUGACAUCUAUGUGAUUCAGUAUGUUGCCUUUUUUUAGAAUAAAACUACCCCUCUUGUCAAUUUUUGUUUCAACAUAAUAAUCAACAGAGCACUACUGUCAUAUAAAUGACAGAUAUGUUGGCAUAAAUAUCUAUACAGUAUGUAUCUAUAAAUAAUGACAG